AUUCUGGUUUAUUGUCAAAUAUAUGUUCUAUGUCCUGUGAGGGAGACCCAGUUCCUGUUUAUACAAGUCAGAUCAAGUUCAUCGUUUUACCUUACGAAACCUAACGUUAUGUGACCGGGAGGCCUUUUUCGUCACAAGUGCUUUCGUAACCGUGACAUAACCAGGACCUAAGGCUUACUUGAUCACGAUUCCGAUGAACAGUUCAACAUCACAAGGAUCAAAGAUGCCGCCUUCUGGACUCAACGGAAGCCAAAACAAACACAUAAAAGUCGGCAUUCUAGAGGUUCAGGGUGCGUUUCAAGAACACAAAGUGGCACUAAUGAGGGCGAAUCAGUGUUUACAAACGACCAUAAAGCUCGAAGUAAUGGAAGUGCGUCAUCCAGACCAUCUAUCCCCCGACAUGGACGGGCUGAUUAUACCGGGAGGGGAGAGCACCACCAUCAGUUUAUUCCUGAAGAGGAACAACAUGGAAGAACCACUCAGGAACUGGAUACAAACAAAGGGCCACGUGGUGUGGGGGACAUGUGCAGGAAUGAUUCUUUUGUCGAAGUGUACAGAAAAUCAAAAGGACGGUGGUCAGCCAACACUGGGAAUGCUAGACACAGUCGUUUCCAGGAACUUUUUCGGACGACAAGUGCAGAGCUUUGAAGCCCAAGUGACAAUCAAAGCACCACUGCUUAUACCAAGUAACACCCAAACAGGCACAUCUGAUUCUAAAUGUCAUGGUGUGUUCAUCCGGGCACCUGCCGUGCUGAAGACGACGAGUUCGGAAAUACAGGUGCUUGCAGUGUUGGAGCGACCAGAACAGAAAGACAGCGUAAUCGUUGCCGUACAACAAGGUGACGUAAUCGCGACAGCUUUUCAUCCGGAGCUAACGGACGACCUUCGUUGGCACUCGUAUUUCCUAAAGAUGAUCGAAAAGGCGAAAGAGCAAGCCUAAUAAAGAGAUAGCUACUGUUGUGUGAGGUCGUUUCACAAGAGUCUACAAUUA